CCCAUACUGCUCUGCGCCCGCGCACAUUACGCCAGAGCAAGAUGGCCGACACGGCGGCCACUGCCGGGGCCGGUGGCUCCGGAACGAGAUCAGGAAGUAAACAAUCCACUAACCCUGCUGACAACUACCAUCUGGCCCGGAGGCGAACCCUUCAGGUGGUUGUGAGCUCCUUGUUGACAGAGGCAGGGUUCGAGAGUGCUGAGAAAGCAUCCGUGGAAACAUUGACAGAGAUGCUGCAGAGCUACAUUUCAGAAAUUGGGAGGAGUGCCAAGUCCUACUGUGAGCACACAGCCAGAACGCAGCCCACACUGUCAGACAUCGUGGUCACGCUUGUUGAGAUGGGCUUCAAUGUGGACACUCUUCCUGCUUAUGCGAAACGGUCUCAGAGGAUGGUCAUCACUGCCCCUCCAGUGACCAAUCAGCCGGUGACCCCCAAGGCCCUCACUGCAGGGCAGAACCGACCCCACCCACCGCAUAUCCCCAGCCAUUUUCCCGAGUUCCCUGACCCCCACACCUACAUCAAAACUCCGACGUACCGUGAGCCCGUGUCAGACUACCAGGUCCUGCGGGAGAAGGCUGCAUCCCAGAGACGAGAUGUGGAGCGGGCACUCACCCGCUUUAUGGCCAAGACAGGCGAGACCCAGAGUCUUUUCAAAGAUGACGUCAGCACGUUUCCAUUGAUCGCUGCCAGGCCUUUCACCAUCCCUUACCUGACGGCCCUUCUUCCAUCGGAGCUGGAGAUGCAGCAGAUGGAAGAGACAGAUUCCUCGGAGCAGGAUGAGCAGACGGACACAGAGAACCUCCCUCUUCAUAUCAGCACGGAUGAUUCUGGAGCCGAGAAGGAGAACACCUCUGUCCUGCAGCAGAACCCCUCCUUGUCGGGCAGCCGGAAUGGGGAGGAGAACGUCAUCGAUAACCCCUAUCUGCGGCCUGUGAAGAAACCCAAGAUUCGCAGGAAGAAGUCCCUCUCAUGAGCCGAGAAGGAAGCCUGCCUUGUACAGAAACGUGGCCACCACUCUCCUGGGGCUGUUAAAGCCACUGGAGGGAAGAAGAGAGGGUGGUCUCCUCGCUGUCAAGCCCUGGUGGCUGGCAUGACCCGGCAUGAUUUUAAUAGCCAGCUCAAUAUUAAGACUACCUAAUUUCACUGGAUCUUUGGGUGGAGAAGACGUGAUGGUGAUGAUCAGACUUUUCUAAUCCCCCUGGCCGUACUGUGGGGCGCCGGAGCAGACAGUGACUUCAGUUAUUGUCACAGGACUUGAUUCCUUUGAACCCUGGAAGACCAGGCACACACAGAUCUGCUAAACACACAGGAGUUAGAGUGACGCGUGCGCACAGCACCGACUCUCUCAUGGGCACUUGCUCCCAAAAGCAGGGCCGCACUCUCUCCUGGGAGAGUAAUCCCCGACUCUCCCUCUGUGGGAUGUGUGCUUGGGGACUUCCAACUAAGUCCCGCUCCAUCCUGUGAAAGAGCUUUUCUCUGAUGAGCGCUAAUCAGUGAAUAUAUUAUGGUGUGACUUGUAGAGGAAUCACGGAUUGUAAACAACAGGAAAAGGAUUUGAUGGGGAGGGUGGGGGAGGGGGAGAUUUCGAGGGAUGGGCCUGGCUAGCUGCUGGAAGGCUGGCAGGGACAGAAGGCCGUGGUUCCCCUUACGGUGGAGCCUGCAGACCAAGCCAGGGUCUUCUUCCAGAAGCACGUCUGAAUCUGAUCAACCUCUUUUCCUCCUGGGGAGAGAAGACUUCAUCCUUGAUGUACUCUACAAACAAAAAUCAAAACCAAAAAUCCCAAGUGUUGAGGAAGAUUCUGGACAAGCUGAUACCCUUUGGCUGGUCUCCAAAGGAAGAGAUUUAAAAACCAAAGUCCAAAGAAGAAAAAUGCCAGUGACACCUGGAAGUUAACACAGGAUAAACAAGUUGUUCCCUGGGUUAGCAUCCUGAGGUCCGUAUUGAACUUUCCUGAUGCUCCGCUUCCAGAGUCCUCUCCUGAUCUUCCAUGCUCUGGGUGAAUUUGAAAACAAAAAACUUGACAGCAGGUUCCAUAUUCCUCUGGCCUCACUGUUGCUUUAGGGCCCUCCAUCCCAUUGCCCAGAGGCAAAGAGCUGCUUGUCAGUCCCCAAAGAUGGCAUGCUGGGGAGAUAUUUGGAUUCCCCCAUUCCGGACCAAAUAAGCAUUCAGGUUUGUAGUGGCCUGAAACUCUGGAUGACAGUCAACUGGACGGCAGUCAGAGUGGGCCCUUGCUGAGUUUGUGAUUUGGCUCGUGGCAAUUCUUCGCCGGUUAAGUUUACAGGCCUGGGUUUGAGUCUUGGCCAGUGCAGGGCUGAGACCUUGCCAGCUUGCUGUUCUCUGCCCUCGAGGCAGCCACCCUCGUCAGCAUUUCUGCACUUCCUCAUUCGCCAUUACUGUCCAAAACCAGCACCUGCUCCAUGCCAUGUUGCCAAGGGAAGAGGCAGGUUUGGGAAAAUGUUGCCCCUUCUGCUUUUAAGAUCGGAGACCCGAAUUCUGUUCUGGGUGAGAGGCCCUGGGAGGUGAUAAGACAGCUUGAAACAUUGACCCAACCAUCGUUGUGUAAAAACUGUGCAUAAUUCUCAGUGUAUAUUUAUAAAUGUCUAUUUUUUUAUAACUUUGGGAGACUUCUUGGAAAGAAAAGUAGUAAACAGAGCCAGAUUAAGGAUGUGAUUUAUGAGCUUUUAAUCAAAGGUCAUAAUAAAAACUGCAAAUGAAACAGAAUGGUAUACUUUGAAUUUAAUUUGUAUUGAAAAGUCACAGCAAGGACUAAGACUGUAGGCAGAUAAGGCUUAGUCCUUCUGUUGGACUUAGUACCCCUGGGAGCUAUCUAAAACUCUACUUUGGGAAUUUUCAAACACAGAAUGAGGAAAGUAUAUGUGCUUUCCCUCUAUAUCCUUCGCCCAGCUUCAACACUAAGCAAUAUCUUUUCAAUUCUGUUUCGUUAAUGUCUCCCACCUUUUUUCCCUUUAUUUUUCCUUCCUGGAGGGUUUUUUUUUUUUUUUUAAGAUUUUGUUUAUUUAUUUGAAAGAGAGCAAAAGCAGAGGGGAGGAGCAGAGGAGAAGACAAAGGGACCAGCAAACUCCCCGCUGAGCGAGGAGCCAGGAUGCAGGGGUCAGUCUCACUGUGAUCAUUACCCUGAGAUUACAACCUGAUCUGAAACAGGGAGUCAGAGGACACUUAACCAACUGAGCCACCCACGGGCCCCUUUUCCUGGACUUUUAAAGUAAACGCAAGACCUGUGUCAUUUAACUUGUAAAUAGGUCUCCAUACAUCUCUCUUUGAUAAACCUUUUUUCUUUCUUUCUAAUUUUGAAAUUACAGAUUCAUAAGAUGUUGGAAAGAAAAAAAAUGUCCCAUGUACCCUUGGCCCAGUUUGCCCCAGUGGUAGCAUCUUGUGUAACAGGUGCAGUAUCAGACCCAGGAGACUGGCCCCAGUACAACCCAUAGCACCUACUUGGUUUUCACUUUGACCUCUGUGUGUGAGUGGUUCUGUGCAGUUUGGUUACAUGUGGAUUCAUGUAACAACCACCGUGAUCAAGAUCAAAAUACAGAACGUUCAUCACCACCAGCUCCCCUGUGGCAGUCUCUAUAACCACAUCCACCCUUCCCCGUCCCUAACCCCUGGCAGCCACUCUUCUGUUCUCCAUCUUUAUAAUUGUAUUUAUAGGUUGUUGGGGCACCUGGGUGGCUCAGUGGGUUAAGGGUCUGCCUUCAGCUCAGGUCAUGAUCCCAGGGUCCUGGGAUUGAGCCCUGUGUCAGAACCCCCAAUUCUCCCUCUCCUCUGCUCUUCCCGCCCCACUCAAGUUUUCUCUCUCUCAAAAAAAAAAAAAAUUUUUUUUAAAUAGACAUGGGGGUGCCUGGCUGGCUCAGUCGGUAGAGCAUGCAUCUCUUGAUUAAGGAUUUGUGACUUCCAGCCCCAUGUUAGGCAUAGAAUUUACUUUAAAAAAAAAUUGUUAAUAUAAAUGGAAUCAUAUAGUUAUAACCUUUCAAGGUUGGCUUUUUUCACUCGGCAUGAGGAAGAGCCCUCCAGGUUGUGUGUAUCGGUAGUUCCUUUGUUUUUGUUUUUGUUUUUGCUGAGUCCUGCUUCACGGUACAGCUGUACCACAGUGCGUGUGACCAUUCGCACUUUGAGGAACACCGUGACAGUUUCCGGUUUCGGCCUAGUAUGAAUAAAGCGGCUAUGUACAUUUGUGGAGAGGGUCUAUGUAAACAUAAGUUUCACUUCUCUGCAAUUAAUAUCCAAGAAUGCGAUUGCUGGGUCCUGUGGUAACUGCUCAUUGAAUGUUAAAAGGAACCGAAACUCUCGCAGAGUAGCUAGCUGUACCAUUCUGCAUUCCUGUUUGCAGUGUAUGAGGGAUCCGGUUUCUCCGCAUCCUCGCCGAUAUUUGGUGUUAUUAUUUUAUAUUGCUUUAGCCAUUCUGACAGGUGUGUAAUAAUAACUCGUUGUGACCUUAGUUUGUAUUUUACUUAUGGCUAGAGGGGUUUAUUUGCUCUCUGGUGGGAUCUAGUUUAGUCUUUUGCCCAUUUUCUCAUUGGGUUGUUUGUUUGUAAAUUUCUUUAUUCUAGAUAAAAGAACUUCUCAGGUGUGCGGUUUGAAGACGUUUUCCUGCUCCACAGCUUGUCCUUGUGUCCUCCCCACAGGUUCUAAUGCAGACCAAAAAGCUUUUAAUUUUGAAGACCAGUUUAUCGGUGUUUUCUUUUACGGGUAUUUUUUUUUUUUUUUUAAGAUUCUCUUUAUGUAUUUGAUAGAGAGAUCACAAGUAGGCAGAAAGGCAGGCAGAGAGGGAGAGAGGAGGAAGCAGGCUCACUGCCCAGCAGAGAGCCAGACGCGGGGCUUGAUCCCAGGACCCCGAGACCAUGACCCUAGCUGAAGGCAGUCAUUUGAUAGUCAGCUAACCACUGAGCCACCCAGGCGCCACUAUGGGUAUUUUUAGUGUUGGGUCCAAAAACUCUUCACCAAGCCCUAGUUCCCGAAAAUCUUUUUCUCUUUUUUUUUUUAUAACAUUUUUAUAAAUGUAUGUUUUACAUUUUAGUCCUUGAUCUGUUUUGAGUACAUUUUUAUAGAAGAUGGGAGAUUUAGGUAGGCUUCCUUACUUUGUAUCUGUCCAGUUGAUCUGGCACCUUUUGUUGAAAAGCUACUUUUCCUUCACUGAAUUACAUUUGUACCUUUGAAAAGACUUAGCAUUUUUUGUGUUGGGGGCCAGAUUUGUGUGGGUUGAUAGACUUUUUUUUUUUUUUAACAUCAUCACUAUCUCAAUAUUAUACUUAGCAAAUAAACAGAUUUCAUUAUAGCCUUUA